AUGCCCCGCCAUUCGCUCGAAGUCUUCGAUCGGCUCAUCGAGCGCGCCUUCGCGCCGCGCGAGAUGCCCAUCGUCUCCCCCGUCGCGGAGGAGCGCUCGCCCAGCCCGGAGCUCCCGCAGACGCCACUAGACAUGCCCGAUGAAGAGCUUGCAGAGCCGGAGGUGGAAGCGUCGCCCGCACAGCAAGACUCGUUGCACACAGUGUGGGAGGCGGUGCAGUCCGCGAAGGAGCGCGUGUUGGAAGGCUCGCCGUCGAAGGUGCCGUCGCUCGAGGGGGUGGUGCUGCCGCCUGCAAGUGCAUUGCCGAGGAAGAAGGUCGCGCGGAAGAGGUCGAGUGUAAGCUUCAAGGAGUCGCCAGACAGGAGGAAUAUGAUCGUGACGUUCGACAUGACUGGGGUGAAGAAGCCGGACAUGCAUGUCAGCUUCCGCACUACACGUUUGAUCGUGAGCUGGAAAGUGGAGAGGAUCAUGGAGAAGCGUGAAGGUGGCACAAUGAUGCGAGACCGAGAGGUGCGGAAGUACAGCCAUACGAUACCGCUCGCAGAUGGCACCAAGUUUGAGGAAGUGCGAGCGUCCAGGGAUGGGCCAAGGUUGAUGUUGACGAUUCCGAACACCAAGUGUUUACGAGCGGACACAGAGGUGGAGUACGCAGCCACACCAGCGGCGAAGGCUGAAGCUCCCAGCGAGCCGGCUGAGGAUGCAGGCGUGCCGAAUGAAGACGAAGAGGAUGAAGAGGAACCAACGAACCUACGAACGAUACCAGACUUCGAGACCGCGCUUUCUGGUGUAUCUGAAUACCAUUCCUGCGUAGCGACUGGAGUCGUAUAA